AUGUCCUCGUUCCAAGCCCUCAAAACCCAGUAUGGGUUAUUACUGAAACAAUUUCUGAACUCGAACAAAGACUUCGAGGUUCUAACAACCAUCCCACCCGACCACUCCGCAGAAUCAGAGACACUCUAUGUCUUGGACUCAUCCUUCAAUCCCCCCACCCGCGCCCACCUCCGCAUUGUGAGCACGGCACUUAUAGAAAAUCCCCGGCCCCGCCCUCGCGUCCUCCUCCUUCUCGCUACUCAGAAUGCAGACAAACCAUCCAAGCCGGCCUCCUUCGAGGAUCGACUCGUGAUGAUGGAGCUAUUCGCUCGGGAUCUCCGCGCCCACCUCGCAUCAGCACCGGCCUUCGCCGCUUCAGGCGUCAUAAAUGCUGUGGAGACUCUCCCGUUGAUCGACAUCGGCGUCACUAAAAUGCCGUAUUUCGUCGACAAGGCAACUGCCAUCGAGGCAUCGGAUUCUUACCCAGUGCCGCUGGAGCAGGUCCAUCUUACGGGUUACGACACUUUGAUCCGGAUAUUCGAUUCCAAGUAUUAUGCGCCCGAACAUACCUUGAAACCCCUGGAACCUUUUCUGUCAAAGCACCGCCUGCGCGUGACUAUGAGGCCAAGUGAUGAGUGGGGUGGAAUAGAGGAGCAGUUGGAAUAUGUCGCGGCUCUUGCUAGAGGUGACCGAGAUGGCGAGGGCGCGCGUAGGGAAUGGGCCGAGCGGAUUCAACUUGUCGAGAGUCGUCUCCCUACCGACCGGCCCGUGAGUUCAACCAGAGCCCGCGAGGCAUUGCAAUCGGCUCCUCAGGACCUGAACUGGCUGGUCCCUGAACAGGUGCGGCAGUUCGUGCUGUCUGAGCGCCCGUAUUCUGGAAACUCUAGAAUGUAG